GCCCGCCCGGCCCUCCGCGGCCGCUCGGCACAGCACGGCACAGCCCGCGGUACAGCCCAGCCCAGCGCUGCCCGUCCUGCCCGUACAGGCUUCUCUCAGGCAUCAGGAAUGUCUUCUGAGGCCACUCCAUCUGCCUCGCAGAAGUCCCCCUCCUCUCCACCAUCACCCAGUUCUCUCCAUCUGCCUGAAAACCGCAGGACACGCGACCGCUCGCCGUCGCCCCUGAGAGGGUACCUGAUCCCCAGCCCGCUGCCCACGCGCCGCACCAGGACCUUCUCAGCAACUGUGAGAGCAUCAGAGGGCCCCGUCUACAAAGGUGUCUGCAAAUGCUUCUGUCGCUCCAAAGGCCAUGGCUUCAUUACCCCUGCAGAUGGAGGGCCUGACAUCUUUGUACACAUCUCUGACAUCGAAGGCGAGUAUGUCCCUGUGGCAGGCGAUGAGGUCACCUACAAGAUGUGCACCAUCCCUCCCAAGAAUGAGAAGCUGCAGGCUGUGGAGGUGGUGAUCACCCACCUGGCUCCUGGCACCAAGCACGAGACCUGGUCUGGGCAUGUCAUCAGCUCCUGAGGCCUCCUGUGGUCACUGCUCACCGACUGUCUGCAGGGGACCUGUGCUGAGAAUAUUGUGUGUAUUGUGCAGGAGGAAAUGCUGCAUUGUCAAUAGAGCAGAAGGAGGCCAAAAUUACCAUUUUUACAGCUGGCCUGAAACAAAAACAAAAAAGAGGCAAUUAAGCAAUUCAAAUGCUAAUGAAAAAAAAUCUAAUGUGUUUACAAAAGCCCUGUUUUAAAGAGACCUAGUUUGUGUGUUGGUGGAGAAAGAGAGGUUUGGUUUUUCUUUUGUCUUGCAAACUGAUUCUGAGAAUUGCCCAGGGGAAUCAGGGAGAGGUUUGAAGGAGAGCUCUCCCAGCAGAGGCACAGCUCCCAGGCCCUGCAGGUAUGUCAGCAUUGUGUUCCCUCCAGCUGCCCUUCUGGCAGGGCUGGACUACACUUAUUGUUUUUAACAGUGCCUGAAUGCCUUGGCUUCAGACAGAGAGGUGUUCACUGCUGCCAUUUGUUUUCCUCCUGGAAAGGAGUUCACCAACAGCAGUGGAAACCCUCCAUCCAGGGGCUUAGCUGGGUGCUGUCAGCUGCUCCCUUUGCAAAUGGCAUGUCUGCAUCUGUGUGCAACGGUGUGGUUUGAAAGCCUGGAUUGCUUGGGAAUUUCUUUAGGUGCCUUGGUGGUCGAUUAGCAAGAUCUUUUAAUAGGCCAGUAUUAAACAAAACCCAACCAAGAUUUAAACAACUUGCUUCAAGGUAAGUGGUAGAAAGCUGCAGAGUAGUGGGUACUUCAUAGCCUCUGUAUCUGAAUUUAAACAAAGCUGAAGAUGAUCUUGAUUGCACACAGUUGAAUGUCUGCCCUGGUAUUCCACUGAGCAGGUAGAACAAUUGUUCUGAAAAGCAAGUUUCAUGCUGGUCAGAGGACUGUGCAUACAGUGCUAUGGGAGCUGCUUCACAGGCCCAGCUGCCUCUGGGGAGGGAAUUCUGCAGCCGUUUCCUUGAAAAACUGACUGGGUGGGAUGUGAUAUGGUCACCCUUGCCCUGACUCUUCACUGCCUAAAAGAUUUCAUGUAGUUGUAGUGCAACUGAGUUAGUUCUGUUCCUAUUUGCCUUCCACAUAUAUACUUUUUUCAGAUGAAGCAUUUUUCUCUAUUAUGUUCCUAACAGUGGAUUUCUAUUGACUUUGCAAAUAAAAACCAGAAAUAAACAAGGUGGCAUGCUACUGUUCUGUUAGUGUUACCUGUGUGGAACAGUGGCCUGCUUGUGGCUUUAACAGUAGGUGCUCACUGGCAUUAAAUGUCUUUAAGGCUCUUGCACAGCAGAUGCUCUGUUCCAAGGUUUAACCUGAGGAGAGCACAGCUGUACAGAGGCAGGAGCUGCUGCCAUGGCUUCUUUCACCAUAGCUGUACCUCUGGUACCCUACAGUGCACCAUAAUACCAGCCCCUGCUGGGCUUUGGAUUGGUUUUUAUUAAGACUUAGUAGUGGUGGAUUGAUGGAACUGGCUUGUUGGAACAUCACACCAAUUCCUGGACAAUAA